ACAAGAAUUCCAGGCAUUUACGGCGUAAAAUUUAUGGCGUGCAUUAUUGCACGCAGUAAUUUUUACUCUUUUACGGCGUGCAUAUUUUGCGUGCCGUAAAUAACCUUUCUCGUUUAGUCUUUUACAGCGUGCUUUAUAGGAGUGCCGUUAAAGUCUUUAUCAAUUAGUCUUUUAUGGCCCGCGGAAGGCGCACGCCAUAAUUGUAUCAUGCUUUUACGGCACACAUAUUGUGCAUGCCGUAAAAAUAGCUAUCAAAAAAGUCAUUUACGGCUCGCACAAGAAGCAUGCCGUAAAAAAGGAUUCUUAAGGCCCGAAAUUUUCCCUAAAAAUUCUGACUUCCCUCUCAAUUUUCUCUUUCCUCAUUUCUCGACUUUCCCAAAAUUUUCUUUGUUUCCUCAGUUUUCUCUUCUAAGAAAGCCUUACCCAGUUCGCAGAGCCUCAAACAUCUUCUAAUCACUUACCUAAUGGCAAAAAUCUCAAACAUCGUCUAAUCACCCAGUUCUCAAGCUGCUGCAAAAAUCUGAACUCUUCCCCGAGUUCUGCUCUUGGGCAACCGGUUAGAUUUCGCGACCUGGCGUUGUGUGUUUGGUCGAGGACAAAGAUGGGUGUCUUAGAUUGUGAUUUCUAAUCAUAUAUUCAGCUACACUUUUUCAACCCUUGGAGAUAUCAACAUUGACAGUUCAGUACUAGCUAGAGUUGGUAGCAGAGCAGCUUUGUAUGCAAUGAAGUAUUAAAUGAUCUGCUUUUCGUGAAAUGUAUUUAGCGUUAGAACGUGGCCCAAGGAAUACGAAGGUGAAACAAAAUGGAUACAGAAUGGGCACACUGUAAAAACAGCAAUCCUAGGACCUUUUAUGAUGGAGCGCGAAAGUUUGUUACUAGUAUUCAUGCAAGUAAGGGGUACCCGAACAGGAUCCAAUGCCCUUGUAGUGGCUGUAUAAAUAUCUGGUCCCAUCCACCUAAUGAAGUUUUAGAUCACUUGGUCUCAAAUGGGUUAUAUGAAAGUUAUAGUAACUGUACCUUUCAUAGGGAUGAGCCGAACACUUCUGUACAACAAGAAAUGGUGGAUAACAUAGAGAAUUUAGAAACAUAUAGAAUGUACAGAGAUGCAUAUUUUGAUGAUGAAUUUAUGGAACCUGCCCCUGAACCAAUAGAGCCUGAUGUUGCAAAUUUAGUUUCCGAAGCAGAACUUCCUUUAUACACAGGUUGUCCUUCCUCAAAGAUGUCAGCAACAGUAAUGUUUUACAAGUUUAAGGCAAGGAAUAGUUUAUCUGAUAGUGGCUACGAUGAACUUCUAGAGAUGGUUCGUAGUCUUCUACCUCCAGAUAACAUACUUCCUAGUUCUCUAUAUUCAACAAAAAAAUUACUCAAAGCAUUUGAUCUAGGGUAUGAGAAGAUUCAUGCUUGUGUUAAUGAUUGUUGUUUAUUUAGAAAGAGUCUAGAGCACACAGAGACUUGUCCUAAAUGUGGUGCCUCUCGGUGGAAAGUAAAUAAGCGCACCCAAAAGAUUGAGAAAGGAGUCCCUGCAAAGGUCUUGAGAUAUUUUCCUAUAAUCCCUAGAUUUAGAAGAAUGUUUAAGGAUUCUGAAAAGGCAGAACAGCUUACAUGGCACCACACUCAUAAAAGUCAAGAUGGCAAGAUGUGUCAUCCAGUUGACUCACUUGCAUGGAAGAAGAUUGAUAGCAAGUGGCCUUCAUUUGCAGAAGAUCCUCGUAAUCUUAGACUUGGUCUUUCAUCCGACGGAUUUAAUCCGUUUGGUGAUCUUAGUUCCCGAUAUAGUUGUUGGCCUGUGAUCUUGGUUGCAUAUAACCUCCCCCCAUCGCUUUGCAUGUCCAAGGAACAUUUAAUGUUGACAUUACUAAUCCCCGGUCCUAAGCAACCGGGAAAUGACAUUGAUGUGUACUUGGAACCCCUUAUCGAAGAUUUAAAAGAGUUAUGGGUCAAUGGGGUUACUGCAUAUGAUGCAUUCACCAAGUCUACCUUCAACUUGAAAGCUAUAAUGAUGGUUAAGGCACUUGUUGAGGGAUUUGGGGUUCAAGCAAAAGAAAGCCAUGCCCUUGUUCUGUGAUAACAAAGCUACAGUUGAAAUUGCUCAUAAUCAUGUUCUACAUGAUCGUACAAAACAUGUGGAGGUUGAUAGACACUUCAUC